AUGGAAAACCGCGAUUCAGAAGAUCAUCUUGAAUCUAAGGGCUCUUCGAUCGAAGAGCCCGAUAUCAAAAGGGGUAAAAUCGAAAUUACUGGCGACGGUGGGGAAUUUGUUAUUAUAGACAAUCACAAGUACUACAGACAUGAACUAAUGGCUGCAUUUGGUGGUACUUUAAACCCAGGGCCAGCACCGUAUCCUUCCAUCAAUAUUAACCCUGCACCAGUAGGCUUAGUGGCAUUCGCGCUAUCGACAUUUGUUUUAUCAUUAUUUAACGCACAAGCCAUGGGUAUUAAAGUGCCCAACGUGGCUGUUUCGCUAGCUUGUUUCUAUGGAGGUGCUGUGCAAUUUCUCUCAGGGUGUGGCGAGUUUUUUACAGGAAACACGUUUGCUUGCACGGCAUUGACUUCGUAUGGUGCAUUUUGGUUAUCUUAUGGUGUUAUAUUUGUUGAUAGUUUUGGAAUCAUGAAAUCAUAUAAGGAGACUGAUGAGCUCAAUAAUGCAGUAGGGUUCUUCCUACUAGGUUGGGCCUUAUUCACAUUUAUGAUGUUUUUGUUAACAUUGAAGGCUACAGUUGCAUUCUGCACCCUUUUUGGCACUUUAUUUAUGAUGUUUUUAUUACUUGCAGCGGGAAAUUUAAGUGGUCAUGUUGGUGUUGUCCGUGCUGGUGGUGUAUUUGGCGUCAUUACCGCAGUCACAGGAUGGUGGAAUGCUUUUGCGGGUGUUGCUACUCCUUAUAACUCAUACAUCAAGUUGUCGCCAAUUCCUAUGCCUGGUAAUAUAUUGUUUCACAAAAAGUCAUCAUGA